AUGGCGUCCCCAAUUACUGAGAAGCAAACCAUCCAAGAAACCACUAUUCAAAUCCCGGAUUUCCUUGCAGACUGGCGCCGACACGCAAGCUGGCCAUCUCCUUACCCUCCAAACCACCACCCAGAUUCCCAGUACAUCAAAGCCGAAUCCGAAAGAUGGCUACGAGGCUACUGUUAUAGCAACGCCAAGCCCAACUCCAUCAACAAGGGCAUUAACGAACUUUUCAUCUCCAAGAUUAUCGCUGGCGACUUCCCCGAGAUAGCAUGCAUAAUCUACGCCCACCAGCCCACAAGACACGUCCUCCUCGCCGCGCUCGUCAUGCUCCACUUCUUCGUCAUUGACGAGUUUACGGAUAACGUGGACGAUACGGAGGAGGGCGAGGCCCAGGUGCGGAGACAGUCUGCUGCCAUGGUCCACGCGUUUCGGCAUCCCGAGGAGAUCUUGGCCACGGCCAUGGGGGAAGAUGGAAAUAAGGAUAGCGAUGAGGUGUGGGUGGGUGUUCGCAUGGCAGCCGACAUCGCGACCCGCUACCGCAGCGACGACGUAGGCGGCACGUCCGAGUCGUGGAAAGUUUUUGUGGACACUUUCGCAGAGUACCUCGACGGCGUGGGCGACGAGGUGGCGCUCCGGAGAACGGGGCCGAACGGGGAGGUGGGAGGACACAACUGCGUGCCGAGCCGGGAGGGGUACAUCGCCGUCCGACGCCGUACCAUUGGCGUUCUCCCGGGCAUGGCGCUCCUCCUCAUCGACCGCGCCAUCCGCCCCGGCUUCUUUGAGAUUCCUGCGGUGGAUUCGCUGUUGAGUCUCUGCGUCGACAUCAUCAUCAACCAAAACGACAUUUACAGUUUCGAUAAAGAGCAGGCCAAGAGCGAGGACGGACAUAACGGUGUGAGGGUCCUCAUGGAGGAGGACGGGAUGGGUGUGCAAGAGGCCAUGACGAAGCUGGGCGAGGAGACUAGUGAUCUUGUGAAGAAGUUUGUUGUAAUUUGCGAGGGGCUGCCGACUUUGGAGGACGAGGUUGAUGAUGUGAAUUUGAGAAUCUUGCGGGACGGGUGCGUUUCGUGGAUUUUGGGGAUGGAGGUUUGGUCUACGCUUGUGACCAAGAGAUAUGGGAUGCAGAGGUUGGAUGGGGAGAGGAGGUAUACGCCUACGCCGAAGAAAGAGAAGAAGCAGCCGAAGGAGCAAGAGAAGCAGCAGCAGCAGGAGCGACAGGUUCAGGAAGCUCAGGGGUCUCAGCUGGCUCGGGAGGGUAUGAUGAGUUUGAUGAGGAGGUUGCCGGAGGAUUUGAUGUCUCUGCUACGGAGGAUUUUUGGUUUGUAA